AUGUUCUCCAACCUGACGAACAUCGUGCAAAAGGCCCAGCAGUUCAUCGACCCGACCCAAGGCCUCAAUCUCUCCAGCUCUGACCGAAAUCCCUCCAAGUCGUCCCUCUUCCAGAGCCAAUUCCGCCUCCCCGCUUCGCAGACGCCCCUCUACGAGAUCAAUGCUGAGCUGACCAUCCCGCCGUCCAACGCCACCCAAGGCGACAAGGACCAUGAUCGGGGCUGGCAUUAUGCCGGCAAGCUACAUCUCUCCGAGAACUACAUGUGCUUCUCGACCACUCCGACCAGUUUCCUGCAGUCCGCCAGCACAUCGACGUCUUCCGCCUUCACCGGUCAGACCCAUGGUGGGGGCCCCAGCGGUAAUGGCUUCAGCUUUCCCCUGUGUGCGAUCCGGAGGGUCGAGCGAUUGAAUAGCCAGAAUUUCCAGUUUGCGCUUGCUCUCACGACCUGGAAUGCCCUCCUCGGCGACAACCCCAAAGACAAGGACAACAAGGACAAGAAGGAUAGCCGGGAGCAACGCAUCACGAUUCAUCUGGCCGGUACCAGACAUGCCUGCGAACGCUUCUGUGACGGUCUGAAGAAGGGUCUAAGAGCUGGGGUUGGUAACGUUGCCAAACUGAGACGAGUCGUUACCGAAUGCUAUUCCGAAUAUCUGCUACGCCCGGAGGAGAGGAAAAAUGCCAACCCGCCCGAUGCUGGACUGGGCAUGAUUUUCCGAUACCCUGGUGACGCAAAGAAGCUGCGAGACAGGGCCAAGAUGCGCCUGUGGGCCGAAUAUCUACGGGACAACGGGAGGAACUUCACUCUGCUCCGCCAACCCACCUUCCACAAGCUCAUCCGAGUUGGUCUGCCCAACAGACUCAGGGGUGAGACAUGGGAGUUGACGUCUGGAUCUAUAUACCUGCGACUGGAGAACCCUGGCCUAUAUGCCCAGACCCUGGCCAAGUAUGAGGGUCAAGAAUCGCUCGCUAUCGACGAGAUUGAGAAGGACCUCAACCGCAGUCUGCCCGAGUACCCCGGUUUCCAGAGCGAAGAAGGCAUUGGACGCUUGCGCCGGGUGUUGACCGCCUACAGUUGGGUCGAUGCCGAUGUUGGAUACUGCCAAGCCAUGAACAUUGUCGUGGCCGCGCUUCUCAUUUACAUGAGCGAGGCCCAGGCCUUCUUCCUACUCUCCGCUCUCUGCGACCGCCUAGUCCCCGGCUACUACUCCACAACUAUGUACGGCACCCUGCUUGACCAGAAGGUUUUCGAGUCGCUAGUCGAGAGGACGAUGCCGGUCCUUUGGGAACACCUUGUCAAGAGCGACAUCCAGUUGUCGGUCGUAUCUCUACCCUGGUUCCUCUCCCUCUACAUCAACUCGAUGCCCCUUGUUUUCGCUUUCCGCGUAUUAGACGUUUUCUUUGUUGAAGGUCCCAAGGUUCUUUUCCAGGUUGGCUUAGCCAUUCUGCGAAUUAAUGGAGAGGAGUUACUCGAUGCCCCUGACGACGGCGCCUUCAUUUCCGUCCUCAAGGGAUACUUCGUCAGACUGGAUGAAUCUGCGCACCCUAGAUCUGAGAACCCCAAACUCCGCGCAGUCACUCGAUUCCAGGAGCUCAUGGUCGUGGCUUUCAAAGAAUUCGCUGGAAUUACACACAGCAGCAUUACUGAGCUUCGACUCAAGAACAAGGACGCCGUUCUCAAUAACAUUGAGAACUUCGCCAAGAGGACAGCCAUCCGCAACCUAGGCCCUGACAGCAAGUUGCUGAGUACAGAAGAUUUGGGAUCGCUCUACGAUCGAUUUUACAGUAUCUUAUACGAGCGACAGCAGCGGGAUAGGAUGAUUCAAGAGGAGAAGAUAAGGCGAGCCAAGGCAAGCCGGACACGCGCGUCAGAACUCUUUGCCGCUCCUCAGAAUCAAGUAGAGAAGGGACGUGUUGGCUUGGGACCAAGCACUAGUCUGAUGGACUAUGACGCUUUCCGAGAAUUCCUCGCCAGCAUGUCGAAGUGGGCCAUCUCCGAUUCGCCAAGCGCCGACAGGCAGGCCAUGUUCAACAGCGCGAGACGGCCAUCGGAAAUGCCAUCGGCCUGGGGUGCAGGACCAGAGCCUGCGGAUCAUGAGUUCUUGAAGCGCCUUUUCAAGAAAUGGGACGUGGACGGUACGUCUGCGCUGACCCUCCAGAAUGUUGUCACUGGCCUGGCACAGAUCAAGGGUAAGCGUGAUAUUAUGGGCACAAUCACAUACUUCUUUGAACUCUACGACGACGACCAGGAUGGCAAGGUGGACCGAGAGGGUAUCCUGCGGAUAUCCGAGGCUCUCCUAUUCCUCUCACGUCGCGGUCUAGAGGGAUCACUGAGCGGCAGCGCUUCAAGCAUCACACUGGAUACCGACGCAGCUGGAAACGAAUCACAAGGCAGUCUGCACCCUGGAGCUUCGAAUAACGAGCGAUUCCUGGGCAGUGUCAGCGCCUUCAUCCGGCGAUGCUUCGAGUACGCCGAUCCAGUCAGCAGCCACGCCGAGGAAGCUCCAGCGACUCCCACAACCCCCAACAGCGAUGCGUUCGCCAUUGGUGAUGAUGAGGACGAUGAAAGCGAAGACGAAGAAGACCUUCUAGGUCUUGACUCGCCCACAACCACCCCUACAAAGGCGAAGAGAUCCGACGGCUCGUUGAAUGCUUCUGAAGGAGGCAAGGUUAUACAGCGCCAGGUAUCCAAAGCAAAGUCUGAGGCAGCCAAUGCCGCUCUCGACCCUGCAAACCCCCUCCAACUUACCUUGCCGACUUUCAGGAUGGUUGUGCUGGCCGAUGAGCUGCUUGAGCAGUUCUUCGAGUCUUCCUUCCCCUCGUCCUUCCACAUCAUCGAAGGGCUCCAGAGCGCCACACCCUACUCGUCCGCCCCAUCUCUCACCACCUUUUCCAGCCUUGGUUUCGGUGCACGACCACCUCCCCCGCCUCCCGUUGGCCCUGCAGGAGCCGGUCGUGGUCUUCGGGGAGUGUUGGACAACAUCGUCACGGAUGGUAUGCGCGUGGCAACCGAAGUCCGGAGACGAGUGGAGGAGGCCCAGAAAGAGCUGGAGAAGAACGCGCUGCCCGGGCAGAGACCAGAGGAUGACGAAGACGACGACGACGAUGUGGGUAUCGAGGUUGGCGUGAGAAAGGGGCCAGCCGGCGCCAGCACAGACUUGGAGCGUCGGUCUGUCAGGAGUUCGGACAGGGACCUUUUGGAUGGGGCAGAUGCAGAAGCUGGCGCGGUCGCAAAGACGCCAGGCAAGAGCUUGUUGGACGUGGAUCCCAACGAGGGACGUCCUCGCGCCAACACUGCCACAUCGACCCAAGGAUCGGCAGUGGUUGAGUUUGAAGGUUGA